AAUUAAUUCUCAAUGGAGAAAAGUGGAUUUACGAAGAUUUUAGAUGUUAUUAGAGGCACACAAGUCAAGGAUAUCCCAGGACUGAUCUGGAAGUUCCACCAGAGAUUUGGGAUUUUGAAGACACUUGCUAUUUUGUACAUCCUGGCUGGAUUCACCUUCCUUUGGCUCAAAGCAAACGGCCUUUGGUUUAAGAAAAGUAUCAGAGGCAAGCAUGUGUUCAUCACCGGUGGCGGAUCAGGUCUUGGUAGAGAUAUGGCACUUAUAUUAGCCAAGAAGGGUGCUAAGGUCUCUGUGUCUGAUAUCAACUUGGAGUCCGCACAAGAAACUGUUGAGAUGGUUAAAAGUUCGAAAGGAAAAGCCCAUGCUGUAGCUUUGGAUGUGACGAACCCGGAAGAUAUUACCAAAGCUCAUGAAAGUGCUAAAGAACAGUUUGGAGUAGUUGAUAUCUUGAUAAACAAUGCUGGAAUCACAUUUGGGAGAAGUAUAGUGAACUCGACACCAAGAGAGAUCGAUCUUGUGUACAAAGUCAAUGCAAUUUCUCAUGCAUAUAUUGCAAAACAAUUUCUGCCAGAUAUGAUUAAGCAAGAUUCAGGGCAUGUCGUCACCAUCUCAUCUGCAGCUUCAACAGUCGGAGUGGCUAAUAAUGCUGAUUAUGCUGCUUCUAAAUGGGCUUGCUUUGGGUAUGACGAGAGUCUGAGAUCCGAACUAAGGAAGAUGGGAUCUAAAGUAAAGACUACAUGCAUUUGCCCGUACUACAUCAACACCGGAAUGUUUGAGGGUGUGAAGUCUAAAUGACCAAUACUCUUACCCUUCCUUGACCAGAAUUGGACUACAAGAAGGAUCAUCAACUCCAUAUUGCAAGAAGAGCCUGUCACCUACAUGCCCUUCAUGGUGAAUCUAAAUGGACUUUUAAGAGCUAUUCUUCCAACAUGCUUAUUUGACUCAGUCCAAGAUUUGGUUGGAACUUCUUCUGGAAUGGAUACUUUUGUUGGCAGAAAAUAAC